CACUGCCCUCCGAACACAGUGCGAUCAUGACGACCGCGCUCGGGUCGCGCGCAGCGUUCAACUCUCAAAUUAGCAAUGUAAGAUACUUGAAACGCUGGAAAGUGCCAGAGAGGUUUGAGAAUGUCAACAUAGAAGCCAAUGAGAGGCGAUUAGCGAUGCUCGAACGUCAACCGAUAUAUCCACCUGGCGUGAGACCGAUGAAGGUACCAAAGGAACUCUGUCACAUGAAAGGUCCUGAGACGGUAAACAACACCCUUUUGUAUAAACAAUACGGAGUUAUGACGCUGUGCGGAGGCUGGUUGAGGACAGGGGUCAUCGAGAUGAUGAGACUCACUCUCAACAAAAAGCUUGACUUGACCACUUCCUUCGCCGCCUGGAGGAUCGAUCCCCCGUAUAAACCCCUAACGAAGAAGGGAAUCGGGAAGAGGAUGGGUAAAGGAAAAGGGGCCAUAGACCAAUACGUUGUCCCCGUCAAAGCUGGUCGGAUUCUAUUCGAGGUUGGAGGGACCAUAGACUUUCUCGAGAUUGAACCAGUCCUCCAGGAAAUUUGCUACAAGCUCUCCGUCGACGCCAUCCCGGUAUCGCAACAGAUUCUCGAGAACAUCGAAGCGCACUACGAAAAGCUGGAGCGGCGAAACAUCAACCCCUUCAGUUUGAAGCAAGUCAUCGACCAUAACAUGCACGGCAGCGACAAAUGGGUCACCAAAAUCGAGAAGAAAUAUUACGGGGACUAUAUAUAAUUUUCUCGAAAAUAAAGCCUUUAGAUGCUCU